GACGCCCGCUGUGUUACCGUCACCCAGCAUGGGACUAUGGGAGAAAUUCUACUUUGCACUUGGUUGCCUUGGUCCUACUCUUUUCUUUGUGGUCAUUGAAGCUGAGUCUCGCCGUUUCUUUUCUUUCGUUGCUGGGCUACUUAUCUCUUUUCUCUCUCUCUCUCUGUCUCUCUCUUCUUUAAAGUCACAUAGGUAACAGACCAUACCCUAUUACUGCUAUAUCUGCUCAACCAAAACAAAGUUCCUUGUCAAAUAGCACAAAAGAAACAGGAGAACAAACCCAGACAGAAAACAGGAAAUCUACUAGACGCAUAAUCAUGGCAUUCGGCGGUGGAGGUUUUGGCUAUUCCUUUAUUCCAUACGCGAGUUUAGGAAGGCAAGGAAUGAAUUUGGGCGAGACCAUCGAGAAGCUCCACUACGCACACGAACGAAACAUGCUAGGGGUCGGGGUGCGCAGCGCCUGCGGCGGCAUGUGCUGGCGACCCACGGCGGCAGCGACGUGUGGGAUCCCGGACGUGGUGCACAUCUGCCCUCACGCGCGCCAGCCCACCAUCGAGCGCGUCUACUGCGAGGGUGGUGGUGGUGGUGGUCAGCAAGGCGGAGGGAACAGCGGCGGCGGCGGCCAGCAAGGGAGCGUGGUGAAUGUGUUUUCGGCGCCCGUGUCGCUCACACAACAACAGGGAUUGCCGUUCCUUCAACCUCAGACGCAGCAGCAACAACAACAACAGCAGCAACAGCCGAUGCUGUUUGGCAUCCCGGUGUCGUUGGCCAGCGAGCAGAGUUCGGUCCCGUGUCCGACGGGGCAUGACGGCGGUGGCGUGGGUGUGGGGAUGGGAAUGGGUAUGGGGUUUGGAAGUCGGGGCCUUGGUAUGGGGAUGGGGAUGGGGUUCGGAAUGGGCACGGGGGGAUCGAGUGGCGGCGGGAACAACAACAGCAGCAGCAACAGCAGCAACAACAACACCACCCCCCGCAACGGAGUUUUUGUGUUCCCCGCAAAUAACAAUCAGAGCAACGGCGAAGGGCAGCUGUUCCAGGCGAUACCGGCCACACAGCUAAGUAAUGUUAAUAACGGAGGAGUGGUCUAUCAGCUGCAACCGGUACAACGGCCGAGGGAGGCAACAUGGGUUCGGUUCGUCUGA